AUGGAUACAGAGAAGAAACAAGAACUAUCGAAAGAGCAAAGUCUCUCUGAAGGUGCUAUGGUACCCCAUCAUGAGACAGAUCCUAGUUCGAAUAUAGCCGUCAUUCACGAUGCCAUAGAAAAUAUCGGCAUGGGUCGAUACCAGUGGGGAUUGACGCUCUCCUGCGGCUUCGGAUUCAUUGCAGACCAAAUGCUCCUCGUCACAAUAAGCCUUAUCAUGCCGCAGGCAUCCAAGGAAUUCGCACCUUUACAUGCAACACUUCUAUCUGCCACUCAGUAUGCUGGCUUAUUGGUGGGGGCCUUGGUAUUUGGGUUCGGGGCCGAUAUUAUCGGCCGCCGCAUAGCAUGGCAGGCUUCGAUUUUUGGGGUGUCUAUUUUCACGACGAUCUGUGGCGCCUCGCCUAAUUGGGCGGCAUUGAAUGUAUUCGUUGCCCUGGCAGGCUUCUUUGGUGGAGGCAACUUGGCCAUAGAUCUGACGGUUCUUGCCGAGGCUUUACCCCGCAAAUGGGGAUUUCUUCUAAGCGCCUUGGCUUGUUUGUGGGGGCUGGGAAACACAUUCACUGGGCUGAUCGCUUGGCCACUCGUGGCGAACUUCUGUUGCCCAGAUGGCGCUACGCCCGCUACGUGUACCAAAAGCGAUAAUAUGGGCUGGAGGUAUCUCUACAUAAUCAUUGGCUGCCUCUGCCUGGUCAUGUCCAUUCUUCGCUCGUUCGUUUUGAAUAUGAGUGAAUCACCGAAAUGGCUUAUCUCCCAAGGCAAGUUGAAUGAGGCAGUAGUUUCUAUCAACAAAAUCAGUAAGAUCAACAGGUCCGCAUAUAUUGUUUCAAGCGAACAACUCCACCCACAUCAUGCAGGGGCUCCCAAUAGUUUGGGAAACACCUUUAGUAUGGUAGCUGGUUUAUUCCGGGGCCGCCAACAAAUUCGUUCUAUGAUCUGUCUUAUCAUUCUCUGGCUUCUGGUCGGCAUAGCAUACCCUAUAUACACUGUCUUCCUGACAUACUAUCUCGAGGCCCAUGGGGCCAAACUAGGCACCGGAGGCAUUUAUCAGACCUACCGCGACUGGUCCGUGUCCUCGGCUGUUGGAAUUUUCGGCCCUGUCUUCAGCGCUGUCCUGAUUCAAACGAGAUUCCUUGGACGUCGUCGCACUAUCAGCGUUACAGCAUUUGCUUGCGCUAUAUUCGCCGGAGCCUUUACAACUGUGAAGAAUGAGUCCCAGAAUUUGGCCUUUUCUUGCAUGAUAAACUUCUGGUUGAAUGCCUUGUAUGGAGUGAUCUAUGGAUAUACCCCCGAGGUUAUGCCCGAUAAGUACCGGGGGACGGGGUGUGGUUUGGCCCUCGCUUGCGGCCGUGUUGCAUCCCUGUCAGCCCCUUUCAUUGCCACCUGGGGUAAUGUAUAUACCUCGGUCCCAAUUUUUGUUUGCUGUGGCCUUUUUGUUGCGAUGGGACUUGUGUCCUUAGUUUUACCAUUCGAGCCUCGCAAUUUUGGUAAUCAGUAG